CAAAAGCUAGUGAAUUCUCAGGGACAAUUCUUGGUGCCUGUACUAUUUGUCACCAAUGCAGGGGAUUGCCUUCGCCAGAAAAAAGCGGAUCAGUUGUCUCAUCUAUUGGGAGUUCCAAUUUCACAAGAUCAAGUGAUGAUGUCACACAGUCCUCUGCGGAUGUUCAAACGUUAUCAUGAAAAAUGUGUUCUCGUAUCUGGACAAGGACCGCUUCUUGAGAUUGCUCGAGACCUUGGUUUCUGUCAACCUAUUACCAUUGAAACAUUGCGGGAGAAACACCCUUUGCUAGAUGUAGUUGACCAUGACAGGAGACCUGAUGUUCUGUACCCCUCUGCUGUGGAGCUUCCCAAGAUUGAGGCUGUUGUUUUGUUUGGAGAGCCAGUCAGAUGGGAAACCAACCUCCAGUUGAUCAUAGAUGUUCUGCUGACAAGUGGCUAUCCUGGAAAUCCCUAUCAUCAGGAAAACUACCCUCACAUUCCCGUGCUUGCUUGUAACAUGGAUCUGAUGUGGGUAGCUGAAGCGCAGUCUCCAAGGUUUGGGCAUGGAACGUUCAUGGUUUGUUUGGAAAACAUUUACAAGAAGAUCACUGGCAAAGAUCUGAAAUAUGAGGCCUUAAUGGGCAAACCUAGUAAACUAACCUACCAGUACGCAGAAUACCUCAUCAGGGCUCAGGCAGCAGAACGGCAAUGGAAGCAACCUAUUCAAACGCUUUAUGCUGUUGGAGAUAAUCUCAUGACUGAUGUUUAUGGUGCUAACCUUUACAAUCGCUAUCUUGAAGAAAACUCCAGAAAAGGUUCAAAAUCACGGAUCCAAGCCAAAGUUGCUGGUGGCAGAGGAUCUGCCACACUCUCUCAGGAUGAUGAAAUAGACAACAGUUGGGAAAACGAAUUAGCAUCUGCAGCUGCCGCCCACUGUAGGUCUGUUCUUGUUUGUACUGGGGUUUACAACCCUCACACGGAGGUACCCUUGGAGACCGGGGAGAGCAUAACUGAAACGGUGUUCCAUGGCCACAGAGAUUUUAGAUUUGAUCCCGGUUUAGUAGAACCAGAUCAUAUUGUACCAGACGUCGAUGCUGCUGUAGACCUGGUCUUCCAGCUGGAGAACUUUGCACCUGAUUGA